AUGACAAAGAAAAUCUUGAUAACUUUGAUCAUCCUGAUGGCUUUAGCCUUUAAUCUUUCUGCAACACCUAUCGAAUUUGACGAUGAAGAUCUUGUUCCUACAUCUGGUUCACUAAGAGGGGCAAGUCGGUUCCUUGCUCAACACUCGAGGGGCUUGGUGAAAUGCAACAAGAACCCAAGACUAUGUCGGGCGAAAGGCAGCCCAGGUCCAGACUGUUGCAAGAAGAAAUGUGUCAAUGUUAAGACUGAUAAACAAAACUGUGGGCUUUGUGGGAAGAAAUGCAAGCACCAAGAGAUUUGCUGCAAUGGGAAAUGCGUAAACCUGAUGACAGACAAGAGAAACUGUGGAGGCUGCAACAAUCGAUGCAAGAGAGCGAAUUCUUGCAUGUCAGGGAUGUGCAGUUAUGCGUAA